CUCUGCUAGAUCCGAAAGUUAGUUUUGUGGCGGCAGAGGGGAACGUCGAAAUCCCACUUUUGUUUUGGUGAAGACGGUGUAAUGAUGUUUGUCCUUGGUACACCCAGGUCGCUGCUAAAUUUGUCGAUUUAGUUCAAUGUAAAGUUGGGGUACAUCUGCUCUUUCUCUCAACACUUGAACAUUACACCGCGCUUGCCUACAUACCCACCCACAGAGAAUUGCAUGACUUCUAGGAUUACUCUCCGAGACAAGUAGCACUACUACCAUAGCAUAGCAUAGCAGCACACGGUAUUAUCCUUGUGCAGAUUCAGAUAUACUGAGAGUCCCAUAGUAUCCCUUUUCAACUAUACCGGGCUGGCUUGUUUCCGUGCGGCACAUUAACAACCAUGGCCUUGCUUCUUCAUUGGGCUCCACUGUUUUCCUUUUCUGGUUUGAAAGUUCUGUACUUGUUUGCACCAUAGUAGCUGGACUCCUGCGUCUCGCGACUAGGCAACAUCGACCCCAAUCGAGGGUUGGAGUCGACUAGGUGUAUACGGUAUGAUGGCUGGAACGCGUCCCACUGUCGACCGGUGAUAUGGAUUGCUCAUUCCUUUUCCCGUACUAAUAUGGGCUAGCUGGGCCAACCAUGACGGUGGCGCUGCCAUAUUUAUAUUUGGCUGUGUUUCCAUCUUUUUCUUAGAAUUUUUGUCGUUUGCUUGCAUAAUAAAUAUUGUACCUGACAUUGCUAUGAUUUAUGUCAUCGAUCCUGAUCCAUCGACCCGAUUUGUCGUGUUCACGUCCUGGGUAUUGAUGCCCCGUUCCAGAGAUGUAGGGGCUGUUUGGAUUGCUACCAAAGCUGGCCAUGCCAAAAAUUUGGCUUGCCCAUGAAAUUUGGUUGUUGUUUGGGUCAUUACCAAAUAUUUGGCACGCCCAGCGACCCGGGUGGCUCCCUGUGCAUUUUUCGCCAACAUGCGGGCGAGACGUGGGCGAGCAGAAGCUGCGCCAAAAUAUUAGCGUGCUGUUUGUUGGUGGGCCCUACACAGUGCAUGUGGCAGGAUAAAUAGUUUUUUAAAGUGUUGCUGUAGGAUGGAUUCUGUUAGCCGUAACAAAUUGGGUCCGUGUAAUUAGCAUGUGCAUGCAGCAUUUUCUUUAAAGAGUGCAUGCAGCAUGGUGGCGUACGGAAUAUGCUUUUCAACUUGCGAUAAUUGUGUGAUAUUGUUUUGACAUUUUUUUAUAUAGAUUCGCAUCUGAGUUUUUUAUCAGUACAUGCCUUCUCACUUCUAGAUAAUAGAUUUGCAUUUAAAUAUCCCCUUAAAUGUUUUUACAAGUAGUAUAAUCAGCAUGCCAGUUGGUCACAAACCAAACAAAGGUCUCUUUUGCCAAAAUUUUGGAGGAUACAAUGGCCACAAUCCAAACAACAUCAACUUGCCAAAAUUUUGGUCAUGCCCUUGUGGUCAUGCCAAAAUUUUGGUGGGGCUAGUUGGGGCUUAAACCAAACAGCCCCGUAUACCCCCGUCGGUCCCUGUAUUUGCCCCCCGACGAUCCUCAAUCCUCGUUCCCAUCCCUUGACCUGCUUGGCCCAAUAACUCGGCAACCAUGGUUUGAACAGCCUUGGGUCUUCUAGAUAGACAAUAGGAAAUACUGAAAAUGAGGAAGUUGCUGCUCAUUUGUUCGGCUGGCCAUGCGGUGCAUCUGCUUGACUUCUUAUAUGGUAGUUUUGUGUUUCCAGCGUAGACUAGGUAAUACAGAGAACAUUAUUAUUCCAUAUGGUCCAAUGGAUGUAAGGUCUAGGAUUGACUACCUGAAUACAGAAUUUAUAGGAAUGAUGUAGCCUGCAAAAAUAUAAACCUUAAUUGGGUUGUUUUCUUCCAUUCGUGUCAGGUUUUGAGGUAAUAUCUUUGCUCCAAGAUGACACCCAUGUAUGUUUUUUUUUUACGUUUAUACCACCCUUGUAUGUUUACCAUGGAGCAUGUUUCCUGUUUCAAUAGUCACAAUGGAAUAGGCUACUUGGUACAUACUUCGAUAGAUCAAGUGCAACAGUUGGCUGCUCUUUCAGAUUCUGCUUCAGUCCUGGAGAAGAUGCGGAAAAUUAAGAGGGAUGGUGGUGAUCUCACAAGAAGCUUGCAUGGGAACAAAAGAGCUAAGAGUGUGGUGACGACCUCGAAAGAAUCUUGCUUAGAAAUACGAGAGCCAAUCCAGAUCUCAGGUGACUUAGAUGGGGACUCAAAUCAAGAUGUCUUGACUGAGCUCAGUGAUGAAGUUAAAUCAAAUUUGUCGAAAAGUGUUGCCUCACUUGCUGUGUGCAGUGGGGACACAGUGUUAUUUGCAUGCUCAGGCUUAGCUAUAGAACGCCACGGAUAUGUUACAAGGUUUGUGACUUCAGCAGAAUUGGCUCUAGUUUUCAACAAUGAAAAAUACAAAGAAAAACGUCACAACGUAAAGAUUGAAGUGCGCCAUGAAGGCAGCGAAGUUUACCAGGGUUUUCUGGCAACCUAUGAUGUAGAUUACAACUAUUCUGUUGUCAAGGUCAAGACCUUCCUGGAUGUUAAUGUUGGACUUAUUGAACAUGCGGUAGGGAUUCUGCCUGAUGGUAAGGUGGUAGCUCUAGGGCGUGGCACCUGUGGUGAACUAAUGGCAAGAAGUGUGAUGCUGGCUGACGAUCUGAGUGUGUGUGAAGAUAUUAAAGAUCCUGUGUCGUCUAUGCUUAAUAUUACAAAGGCUUGGCAAGGUGGGCCACUUUUUUCUUUUGAUGGGAACUUUGUUGGCAUGAACCUUUUUCUCAUUAUGGAAAGAGCUUUUUUCCUACCAUGGGGUGUACUGCUCAAGCGGGUAUAUAACUUUCGGACACCCCUAGAAAGCAAGAAAGGUUUUCCACCGUCAGAAACUAUGAAGGGAGUCAGCUUUGGAGAAAGACCCAGAGAUGAGAUAUCGAACUGCUAUCAAGACGUAUAUAGAGAUGGUCUCAACAAGAAACUGUUUGGGGAUCUAGACUUAAUGGGUUACCCCAAGCUACCAAUAACUAUGCUUGAUGAUGGCAUGAUUUUGGUUAAUACUUUUGAAGAGACCUUUGGUGACGUAUGGGGUGAAGGUGUCUGGAGGGAAAUUGGUAAAAAAGCUUCUGAGAUAAGUCGCAAUGUUGUCGCACUUGCUUCCUUCAAUGGAAAAAAUAUGGUUUUUGCAUGCACGGGUUUUUUUAUUCCAUGGAAUGGGUCAACAGCCAUUCUGACAUCAGCUAGCCUGAUUAGAAAUGAUGGUGCUGAAAACAAGAUUGUUGAAAACUUGAGGUUUGAAGUAUUUCUUCCAAACGAACAAGUCAGAAGAGGGACCUUGAAGCAUUACAGUCUACAUUACAAUGUUGCUCUACUCGGUGUCGAAGAUAGCCGUGUUGUCCGACCACCAAAAAUUCAGCUUGAUUGUAGCAAGUCUCGAGUAGCAGCCAUAGGGCGUUGCUUCAGAUCAGGCACAUUAAUGGCCGCAAGUGGUCAGCUGGUUUCCUGGUCAGGCAGACUUGAUUGCAAGUUCGUUGUACGCUCGUCAUGUAAAAUCGCUAAGGCUGGGAUUGGAGGACCCCUUGUUAAUAUGGACGGAGAAGUUAUUGGCAUGAACUUCUAUUCAGAGAAAAUAGGAACCCCUUUCCUGUUAUGGAAUAAUAUUGGCAACAUUUUGGCAUAUUUUAAGGAGAAAAGCGAUGCUGAUGAAGUUGCCAAGGACAGUGGUUCCUCUUUCUGGAAAAUGAAUGGGGACCGCAGGUUUCGGUUAAACAGGUGGCCUGUGCCCAUGCCAUGUUGGCGUCAUCCUGACAAGCCAUGUCGGCGCUAUCCUUAUCACUGCGAUGAGUAUGUAACCAAAUCCAAGGAUGAGCCGGACAUUGAAAUACCACCUGGCGAGGAGUUUAGAUAUGGAUACAUAAGGGGAAAGAGAUACAGAUACCUUGUAAACUUUACGAUUCCCCAGUGAGGCCCCGUGAUAGCUGUCACUGUGGAUCAAUCUCCCUGUCGUUGCAGCUGUUUGAGUUGGCUAGCACUCGAGAACAAAGAGGCUUUCUAUGUCCCCGUGUUGUUCAGAAGUUAGUGCUUUGUUGUGCAACUUAAUAACUGCCCGACGCACGUGCAAACAAUUCAAAUACUAGUUCAAUUUCAGUUGUUUUAAACGUCUUAUAAAAGUGAA